AUGGUAUUCUUCUACACAAUAUUGACGUAUUCUAACACAAGUUUUUUAACACCACCUGAUGAGGAGCCAAUUAAUGAGAAUCCUAUUAUUGAGGAGCUUGUUAACGAGAAUCCUGUUGUAGAAGGUCUCAUCAGUGAGAAUCCCAACAAUGAGGAACUAAAUAAAGAAACUAACAAUGAUCCUGUUCAGUUGGAGGUUGGUGAUAGCAUUCAGGCAUCAAUCCAAAAUAGUCAUUUCUGUAAGUUAAGACAAAGGCUAAAACAAAUUCUGCAAUUAAGGGAAAUUCGAUUGGGUGACGAGCUCAAAUUUAAUGGAACAGUCGUUGGCCAUGUAGUCGAAACAAAUAAUGGACUAGCUAUUCCUUAUAGAGGAAUAGAUUGUACUAGUGAAUCCAACAUUUUCAUGGCGCAUUAUGGAUACAUGCCAAAUAAACGUGGACGUGAGAGUUUAAGACGACAAUACUCCAUUGCAGACCGAAGAAGGAUACAGGCGCAAAAAGCGCAGGCCUUGCUUGAUCGAUAUAAAAAGACGAGUAUUAGAACUUCUAUUGUUAAAAAUGCAGGUCCACUGUGUUCAAGGCUAAAAGCUGACUCAGUACCGGCCCUGUUGGAGCCCAGACGAUUCUCCGAGGAGCCUAAACCCGACUACAAAACAGCUAGAAAGUGGGAAGGGGAGCGCAUUAAUAAACAGAUCCACCUCCACAAUCCUACAAUCAUGAAUGUAAAAAACGGAAUCGGAACUAUAGGAACUAUAGAAACUGUGAAUGUGUUGGUUUCUGGAUCAAAGAAAGAGGGUUCUUAUUUACAAGCUGAUGAUGAUAAAGAUCCUGUAUUAACUGGUAACAUAAAUGGUUCAAAAAAGCGUAAUAGGAAGUCAUCUAAAGAAGAAGAAAAGUCCGACAUAUUAGAAAAAGUUGAAUAUCAGGAUGAACCGGCUGCAAAAAAAGAAAACUCUGUCCGUGUACAAUUGGAUAUUUCAUCAGCCAUUCGCACAAAGAUUUUUGAGCAAAUGAGGGCAAUAUACCCGAGACACGAUUUGCCGAAAGUGGUUGAAGAAAUAUGUCGUCGAUGUGCUCGAAUUGCCCGAAAACAGACCAGAGAGGCUUUAGAAGAAGAAAUUGACAAUGCUUAUAAUGAUUUAAGGACGAACUUGAGUUCAUCCGAUAAAAAAUUGUUGAGAACUAGUCAGAAUGUUUGGAAUCACAUUGCAGAGAAUUGGCGAACAAGUUUUGAUAGUCCUCAAACAAUAGAAGAUACCCACGUACAUCAUUCAAUACAUCCUUUUUUACGUCCAUUUUUCCCCGAUGGACCGGAUAGGACAAUUGAUUGGGCAAACAAGUUGUCGUUCGUAAGCGCAUCUAGGAAAACAAAUGACGAUGACGAAGGUGAAGGACAUAAACCCGACUUUACAAUCACAGUUAAUAAAAGAAGUGGCAAAUUUGAAAUUGUAUUUGGGCUAUUCAAAUCGCCUUACAAAAGUAGCUCUCAUUUCGCAAAUGUUGAUUUAGUGGAUUUAGGAGUGUUAAUGAAAGAUUCACUAGAUAACAUGUAUAAAGAGAAAUGUCUUGAAUUAGAUAUGACUGUAUUUGGAAUUCAUGCAUUUGGUUAUAAUGUCCGUAUAUAUGCUAUGGACCUUUCAUAUGAUGCUGUAUACAGAAUGUAUUUGAUAGGAGAAUUUGAAAUGCCAAAAAUUGCUAAAUUAUCAACUUCAUGGUUUGCUAAUUACCAAUCACAGAAUUUCGUAGAAGAAUAUAUUGAGAGACUUCCAUCCUACACCACUAAUAAUGACAACAUUAUAAAUACUCCAACCGAAAAGAUGAGAAUGACUAGGAGAACGGUAGCAACUCCUCGCAAGGUAGAGUUGAAGUUAGGCAAUGUGUAA